AUGAUAACUUCAAAGAAUAUUCACAUAAAUUUAUGAAUAAAUUAAAUUAUACGUUUUAAUGUUUUCUCCGCAAUUUUCGUUGCCUCAGUACGCUUUCAACCAGAGCCAACUACUUGUCUGGCGGAAAUUAAGCCCCUUUUUAAGCAGUGGCAUACUCCAAGGACAGAGCUUGUAAGUUGACCUCAUCCAUCAGAAUUCCAUUGUCCGUUACCUCCUAUCGGACAAAGUUGAGGAUUGUUGAAGCCCAGAAACGCUCUCCAGAAGCUGGAAGGGAAAAAUUUGUGGCCAAAAGGCAAUCCAGGAAAUAUUUGCUGUCCAAGGGUAGCAACAGCUUUCUCUUAAGGUUAUCAUCCCAUGUGACUGAUACCUAAACCUUGAUUCCGACUAUAAAGUCAUUAUUGCAAUCAAGAUAAUGUAUCAUGGUUGGCCAUCACCACAUUAAUUAUCUAUAAAUAAAUAAGGAUUACCAUCACAUGAAAUCUCAUAUAACCCUAACCUAUGAGCCUUUAAACCUAGACUAUUAUGUAUCACAGGCCUCAGACCCUUCCUGCGGUGCUAUUUCUGUAUUUAUUGGGACCACUCGUGAUAAUUUUGAUGGCAAACGAGUUGUUAGACUUGAAUACGAAGCAUAUGCACCCAUGGCAGAAAGGAAAAUCAAUAAAAUAAUCGAAGAAGCCAGUAAACUAUGGCCACUCCAUUCUGCAAUAGUUGCCCACAGACUAGGACACGUUCCUACGACCGAAGCCAGCAUCAUCAUUGUUUGCUCCUCAUCUCAUAGAACCGAAAGUUUAAUGGCAGUCUCCUAUAUAAUUGAUCACCUUAAAGCAGAAGUUCCUAUAUGAAAAAAAGAGAUAUAUGAAGAUAGUGGAGCAUGAAAGGCAAACAAAGAAUGGCGGCAUCCAAUGGAUAUUCAAAAUAGAACACUGGCACAAAAUAUUGAAAAUUUAGAAAGCGAGUAUAAAGACAGAGAAAAAGUUGAUGAUAUUGGUCCUUCACUUAACAGAUAA